AUGCCGCCCGGCAGCACGAUCGGCGACUGCAUGAGUAAGCUCCUGGACGAGUUCCCCAGAUUGGGGGAGAUCAAGAGCUCGGUGGUGUUAGCUCUGAACGAGGAAUACGCGCCGGAAUCGAUGGUACUGAAGAACAGAGAUGAAUUGGCCAUCAUACCUCCGAUCAGCGGGGGGUGA